UAGGCCUAACAGAUGAGUGGGGGCCGGGCCCUGUUUAAACAAAAUGAAUUAAUGAAACUGAGCAGGAUUGUCGCUUUGAUUUGUUAGUUCCACGCUUGAAUGGUCUCACUGCACCGUGACUGCGGUGAAUAUCUCAGUAGUUAUGUGAUAAUAUAUGAGGAUUGUCGCUUUGAUUUGUUAGUUCCACGCUUGAAUGGUAAUUCUUACAGAAUUCGCUUGAACUGCACCGUGACUGCGGUGAAUAUCUCAGUAGUUUAAAAAGUACGUGCUAUCACCAGAGAAUAUGUGAGAAAACGAUGCUGUCAAAAACUACAAUGGCGUCUCCCUUCAUAUUACAUGCAAGUCGUAUGCCAAGUCGGGUUCUUCGUCAGCAGCAUGUCAUUUCGUCAGCUUUGCGGUCGUCACGCCCACAAUUAUUGAUUCCUAUUCGGUUCUCGACAUCGGCGUCCACACAUCGAACUGGCAACGCUAACGCUCUCUCGAUCACUGCAGCCCAAGUACGACAUUUAUCAACGUGGAACUCCUCUAAGGUAUCGUCAUCAGCUCUUCAUUCUAACGGUUGUGACCAGUUCCAUUCCUCAUCGAGAUCGUAUUCAAAUUUGUUCGAUACAGAAUCGAUCACCUACCCGUCCACCUGGAAAGCUUAUUCCGACAUCGAAAUCAAACGAAUUGAGUUGGCCCCAUCGAAUGACAGGGUGAACGUGACGUGGAACGAUAACGAACAUACAUCGCCAUCGUCUUCCGCAUCAUCCUCCUCGUCAUCACCGUCAUCGUUUCCAUUGAUAUGGCUAAGAGACAACUGCCGAUGUCCCCAGUGCUUCAAUCCCGAUGCGAAGGCCCGUCUUGUCCCUUUCAAGAAUCUAGAUGCCGACAGCGUUAGGCUGAACACAGUAUCAUUGGAAAACGAUUUCAAGUCUAUAAAGAUCAAUUGGGGCGACGAUCACCUGAGCCAUUAUCCAGCGAGAUGGUUACGAUGCAAUGCCUUCUCCGAUUCGGAACUCGAUCCCCUGGCAGACAUCCAGCUCCAACUCUGGGACGCGUCGACAUGCCGUGAUCGUCUGCGAAGAUUCGACUUCAACGAUCUCCUGACCGACGACCGUGCACUGUAUGAAAUGUUGCUUGAUGUGAAGGUGCUUGGCAUAGCGGUGAUUGAGAAUACUCCUCUGAAGUUAGGGCAGCUUCAUAGGCUAGCUGAUAGAGUAGGUUAUCUCGUACCAUGCAAUUACGGUACAACAUUCCAGGUCCAGUCUAAAGUGGAUCCUAGCAAUGCAGCUUAUCUGUCUGGAGAUCUAUCUAUGCACACAGACCUUACCUACUACAACAAUCACCUGGGGAAAGAAAAAUCUGGCGAAAGUGACAGAAACAUUUACGGAAGCCUGGCAACUGGAGACGCGGUAGAAGCCGGCAUAGUAAAUGGACAAACCACUCUCCAAAAGUCAGCUGCUCGCCCAAGCAUGAGCUCGAUGAGCAGCGAAGAGCAGGACAAUACCUCGAACGCGGCGAUUAAGCCUAAUUCUCAGCCAGCCAUCCAACUCCAAGAGGAGAUUAAAGACGUAAUCUGCUCUAAGCCGAUCCUCGAUCGUCUUGUUGCGCUGAUAGCCGACGCCAUCAUGGAGAAAGUAUCUCAAGACGUAUACGCCGCCAUCAACCACGACCUCGAAGUCAAGAACAAGGAGGUGCGAUCGCUGGAAAACAAAAUCCAGAAGUUGGAGAGGCAGUUCGUCGCCAUGGAGAACGCCCAGGAGGAGCAGGCCCAGUACUCUCGCAGAAACUGCCUGCUGAUAUACGGAGUGGCAGAGCAGAACGGGGAAGUUACCGACGAAGUCGCGAUGCAGCUCCUCAAUUCCAAGCUGGAAGUCGAUGUGAAGGCCACAGACAUCGAUCGAAGUCAUCGUCUCUUCACGAAGAAACGUACGACGGACGACGAAGCCCGACCACAGCCAAGACCCCUCAUCAUCAAGUUUGCAAGAUAUAAUGUCCGUCAACGCGUCUAUGCCGCGAAAACAAAGCUGAAAAAAACACAGAUCUUCAUCCGCGAACACCUGACAGCCGCUCGCCAACGAAUCAUGAGAGAGACACUCAAAUGCCCAUCGAUUGCGAAGGCAUGGACGAUUGAUGGGAAAAUUCGUGCACUGACCAAAGACAACGCGGUCGUGUCCAUUCAGAUGCUACACUGUAUAAAGCAAGCCGAUCUUCAGGGCGGCGACAACACCCUCGUUGAUGGGUUCAAGAUCGCCGACGACCUCCGUAAGACUGCUCCGGACCUUUACGAUGUCCUCACGAAACAGGUCUUAGAGUUUUAUGAUUGCGGUACGGACAGCGUUGGGGAAUUCUUUCAGCACUCCCGGCAUUGUGUUUUCCGCCUGAAUCAGAAAAACGAAGUCGACCAAGUUCUAUUCAGCGACCACGGACGGAGCGCUAUGCUGCGCAUGCCAGUCGAUGACGUCAUCAUGACGUACAAAGCCUUGUCAGCAUUCGCCUCUCGCCUGUACGACCCCCGAUACGUCUUUGAGUACAAGAUGAAAGAUGGAGACAUGUUGAUCAUGGAUAACUAUCGUGUCCUUCACGGUCGGAAAAACUUCACUAUGAAACCAGGUACAUCCAGGCAUCUUGAAGGAAGCUACUUCGAUUGGGAUACGGUCAUGUCUAAACUCAGAAUACUCAAGAAGAAUCUAGAAGGAAUGUAGUCGCACAUUCUACAUAAUACUCCCCAGGGAGUGGAGAUUGUGCACACACUGUGUGCGGGCAAGCACUGAAUCCAAACGCUCCUUC